CAAUGCAUGUAAGACGCAUGCGUGGUGUGGAGCGAGCGCUUCUCUUCGUCACACUGCAACGGUUGCUGGUGUCGCCAUGGGCCGUCGUCCAGCUCGCUGUUACCGGUAUUGUAAGAACAAGCCGUAUCCGAAGUCUCGCUUCUGCCGAGGUGUCCCUGAUGCCAAGAUCCGCAUCUUUGACCUGGGUCGGAAGAAGGCGAAAGUGGAUGAGUUCCCACUCUGUGGCCACAUGGUGUCCGAUGAGUACGAGCAGCUCUCGUCUGAAGCCCUGGAGGCCGCGCGAAUUUGUGCCAACAAAUACAUGGUGAAAAGUUGUGGCAAAGAUGGCUUUCACAUCCGAGUGCGGCUCCAUCCCUUCCAUGUCAUCCGCAUCAACAAGAUGCUGUCCUGUGCUGGGGCUGACAGGCUCCAGACAGGCAUGCGAGGUGCCUUUGGAAAGCCUCAGGGUACGGUGGCCCGAGUCCACAUUGGUCAAGUCAUCAUGUCCAUCCGCACCAAGGUUCAGAACAAGGAACAUGUGAUUGAAGCCUUACGCAGGGCCAAGUUCAAGUUCCCUGGCCACCAGAAGAUCCACAUCUCCAAGAAGUGGGGCUUUACCAAGUUUAAUGCUGAUGAAUUUGAAAACAAAGUGGCUAAGAAGUGCCUCAUCCCUGAUGGUUGUGGAGUCAAAUAUGUCCCCAAUCGUGGACCUCUGGACAAGUGGCGAGCUCUGCACUCCUGAGGUCUUUGACAGCACUUCCUCCUUUGGCCUUGCUUGUCUGUCUGACAUAAGCUUAUCAAUAAAAUUUACU